AUCAGCUGUCGCUCCUAAACACACGACAACAUGUUUUCCUGGGGAGAGGACUGUCAGCGCGGGUUUUACGUGAAAGACGGCUCCGGUACCGACAGCACGACCACUGAUGAUGGAGUUCAUUAUUUAAACAUCAGCCAUCACAUCGCGGAUCUGUCGGCAGGUCGAAACGUGCUGGCUUUCGUUAAAAGUAACGGAAACGCGUUCAUUAUCCGCACAAACGAGAGCAAGGAUGGGAGAAGAGCGAGAGGCAGGCAGAAGUUUGUGAAACACAAAGAGAAGAUAGAGGCUGUGAGUUGUGGCGAUGAUGUGGUCGCACUGCUGUCUGAGAGCGGCAAAGUUCUCUGUGUGGACACCAGACACCCACCUUUCACUCCCAGGCCACUGGAAGCUUUUUCUAACAAGCAGGUUUCUCAGGUUGCUUGUGGGAGUCAGCACUCAGUUGCACUGACCAAAGAUGGUCAGCUGUAUACGUGGGGUCAGGACUGCAGGGGACAGCUGGGUCUGGGUACGAGGAAGUCUGUCUGCAGAUCACCUCAACAUGUCCCAUCACUGUCAGCGAUCCCCCUGAUCCAGGUCGCUGCAGGAGGAGACCAGAGUUUCGCCCUCUCUGUCUCUGGAGGUGUUUUCAGCUGGGGGAGAAAUGACUGUGGACAGCUCGGGCUGGGAGACACAAAAGACAGACACACACCAGCUCCUGUUCAGUGUUUGAAUAUGAAGAAAGCUCAGCGCAUUUCCUGUGGACAGGACCACACGGCCAUUUUGACAAAGCAUGGUGCAGUGUUUACAUUUGGCUCCGGUCAACACGGACAGCUCGGCCACAACUCACUACGCAACGAACUGCGUCCUCGACUUGUUGCAGAGCUCUGGGGGGCAAAGGUCACCAAGAUUACAUGUGGAAGGAAUCACACUUUAGUGCUGACCGAAUCCAAGAAGGUCUACUCCUUUGGUUGUGGGGAUCAAGGGCAGCUGGGACAUCGAGAGGAGAGUAAUCCAUCUGUGCCACUGCCUGUUCGACUGCCACAGGACACCAGUGAGCUGAAAAUCAGAAACAUCUUUGCAGGAGAAAACUGUUCAUUUGCAACAUGCUCGUCUGAUGAGGGCAUUGACGAGGGUUCAAACACAGACUUUGGCAUUGCAUCACAGCACUGUCUUGAUAACAUGGUUGACAAAUGGAUCUCUGAAUGUGAUUUAAAGUCAUGGAAAAAGAUUAAACAGGAAAUCUACGGGGCGUUUUCCUCUGCAUCCUGUCUGAAUAAAAGUUUCCUUCAGCAAAGCGGUGAUAAACAUUUCCAAACUUCACCAAAGUACCACGGCUUGAACCUAAAACAUGCACGGCAUGCUUUCAAGAAACUGGUAACAAAGGACAAUGUUCAGGCAGAGAUCGAGGCUGCUGUGCUACACCUGCUUCCUUCCCUCGAUCAGAAACCAGUUGGAGUGGAGGGGUUGAGAAUCUACCUUCUUCUCAAUGAGCUUCUGCAUGCAGUGCUGAAACACACACGGCCACAGAGCAUAAAGCUUGCUGAGGCUGUAGCUGGUGCAGUAACAAGGUUGUCGAAUGAAAGUCUUAAGAUCAUAGGUGACUGGUGGUCCUCGCCGUCACCCUCCACCAUGGUGCGAUACGUUAAGGUGUGGAAGCAGGCCCUAUCAGAGAUCCUGUCCUUUAAACCUGUACCUCGCAACUCUGGAGUCAGAAAUCUGCUGCUAGUCCUCCAAUAUAUGUACAAUGCAAACAGAAGGGUUGCAGAAACUCGAAGGAUACCAGAAAGCGAUUUUUGUGUGUCAGCUGAUGAAGAAUUCCUUUUUGAGGAUUUGCAACAUUGGCUUUUACAGUCACAACGAAAGUAUUCACAUGCUGAGCCUCUCAUCCUGUGCAAGUUCCCUAUUGUGAUGGAUCUGCAAUCAAAGAAAACAGUGUUUGACAUGAAUGCUUACCAUGCCAAGAUUACAGAGGCAAUGAAAGUCUGUCUGGAUUUUUGGGGGACAUUUGGUUGCUAUCCCUCAGUUUUGGAAGACUUUCUCUUCGUAGUGAAGCUGAGGCGAGCAUCAGUUUUGGAGGACACUAUUGAAAAACUGGCUGAUACGAAUCACAGAGACUACAAGAGACCACUUGUGGUCUUCUUUGAUGGAAAUCGUGUGAUCGAUGAGGUCUACAAGAAAGACUUUUUUUAUGAAGUCUUUCAUGACUUGGUUUCAGUUGAAUCUGGGAUGUUCAUGUUCAACGACUCUGAAACACUGGCAUGGUUCUCCUCAAAAGCAACUCAGGAAGACCAGCGUUUCUUCCUGUUUGGAGUUCUGUGUGGAUUGGCCUUGUACAACCACUGCAUCAUCCACUUACCCUUCCCACUGGUGCUGUUCAAGAAGCUGCUCGGUGUAAGGCCUUCACUGGAGGAUUUGAUAGAAUUCAACCCAAGUGUUGGAGAGAGUCUGCAGUACAUUCUGGAGGACUACCAAGAUGAUGACUUGGAAAACCUGGACAUGUAUUUUUCGAUCAACUGGGAUGGGAAAGAUAUUGACCUUGAUCCAGAAAAUUCGGAAAAAUUGGUGACAAGUCAAAAUAAGAAGGAGUUUGUAGAUGCCUACGUGAAUCAUGCCUUCAACACAUCAGUGGAGAAUGUGUUUCAGGAGUUCAAGAGAGGCUUCUUCCUGGUGUGUGAGCGGGAUUUGGUGAAACUCUUCAGGCCCAUGGAGCUGCAAGAAGUGAUGGUGGGCAAAGACUUCAGUGACUGGGAAAAGCUGAAACAGAACACACAUUAUGAAGGUGAAUACAGCGCAGACCAUCCCACCACACAGAUGUUUUGGGAGGUUUUUGAUGAACUGACUGAGAACCAGAAGAAAGCUUUCCUUUGGUUUGUGACAGGAUUUGACCGGGUGCCUAUUCUUGGUAUGGACAAAAUCAAGAUGCAAGUCAAAGUUAAAGAAGUCGAGGACCUCUCCUAUGACCAGUACUAUCCUGAGACACACACGUGCUUCUCGACCUUGGAGCUGCCUUUAUACUCAACUAAGGAGAUCAUGCAAACCAAACUCACAGAGGCCCUGAGCAACAAUAAGAGGAUCCAUAAGUGAUCAGUAUUAUACGCCAGUUUUUUACUGUAUUGAACAGUAAAAAGUAAUUGUUGACCAAGCCUAGCGUUUGCAGUUACUGAAACAUACUUACUGUUACUGUCAUGAUCCUGCAUCUUCUACCUAGCGUUUUGGACUUUUGGUUUGGAUUUAUUUAAUAGUCUGAGGUUGAGAUCUUUGCCCUGAUUCCCUCUUGGGUGUGUAUAUAUUGUUUGCGUCUGCCUCUGUGCAGCGUCAUGAUCUCGUUCAUUCCCGGGCUGUGUGUUCUGCCUGUUAGUUUAGUUUCUGGAACAUAAAAAAUUUAUGAUGA